CCCCUCCCCAUCAACACCAACCCCUUCCCACUUCCCACUUUUGCCUUCCACUUCCUUUCUCUUUACCCAAACCCAAAAGAAAGCAAGAAACCAAACCAAACUCCCUUCUUUCUUUUCUCUCUUCUUCUUCUUCUUCCUUCUGCCACCAGAAUUUUACUCCUUCUUCUCCUCUAAAAAUUUAAUCUUGAUGCACAAUAGGGGCGGAGGGAGCGGCGGCGGUGUGAUUUCAGGUGGGUCAAUGUCAACUUUGUCAAGAGAGGAGAAUAACAUGGUGAUGUCAUCUGAGGAGUCUUCCUCCUACCCAGAUGAGUCUGACUUGGAAUUGGGCCUUGGACUGAGCCUUGGUGGUGGUGGUGGAAAGGCCAAGAAUAAGCAGCCGCCGCCGCCGGCUGCCACCGGAGGUUCUUGGGAUCAGUAUGCAAGAAUCUUGACUGCCAAGGACUUUCCAUCUGUGGUUUCUACUAAGGCUUCUUCAUCAUCAUCAUCAUCCUCUUCUUCUGUCACCAAAGCCACCAACAAUGGCUCCCCUCUUCGCCUCCCGGCCGUUCUGCGGUUAGUCAGGUUGUUGGAUGGCCUCCAAUCAGAACUUACAGAAUGAACAGCUUGGUAAACCAUGCGAAGUCUCCAGUCACUGAAGACUUUUUCUCUACUGCUGAUAAAUGUGAAAGCAAGAAUAUUAUCAUGGAUAAGUCCAACCAUGGUGGCAAUGUGAAUAAUAAUGUUGCCAAGGAAAAGAGAUGUCUGAAAGCGUCUUUGUUUGUCAAGGUGAACAUGGACGGGAUCCCAAUUGGAAGAAAGGUAGAUCUGAAUGCUUAUAGCUGCUACAAGGCCUUAGCUCAUGCGCUUGAUGACAUGUUUAGACCCUGUGCAGCAGUUGGGACAAAACGAUCAAAUGUGGAGGAGCAAGUUGUUGUAGCUGCCACCAGACAGCCUCUGAAAUCAUUGGAUGGUUCAUCUGAUUUUGUGCUCACCUAUGAAGACAAAGAAGGAGACUGGAUGCUUGUUGGGGAUGUUCCUUGGGAAAUGUUUUUGAAUUCUGUGCGGAGACUUCGAAUCAUGAGGACAGCUGAUGUUAAUGGACUAGGCCCAGGAACUCAUGAAAGGAACAGGAAACAGUCGACGGGCCCAAUAUAGAGAAUCUUCUGACCCAAAAAGAUCCUUCUAGAAAGAAAAAAGAGUAGACUGCUAUACAUCACCAAAGAAUUCCAUUGAAGCAACCACCGUCCUGGCUCUGCCUCCUUUUGCGUGCUAGGUUUUGGUCACCUUUUACAUUUUAUUACUAAUACUAUUUCGACA